AUGCAGCAGGAUUACCAGCUCUAUCCCUCCGACUCGGAUUCCUACGUUACCUCGAUGGCUCAGCCAUCCAUGAUGGAACCUCAAUCCUCAGCGCCGUCCAAAGGUCUUUAUAUGCUCGCGCCGGCGCCAUGGCCACAGAAUGCAGUCUGCCCGGAUCAGGUCAACCCUCUUCCCAUGGACAUGACCUACCAUCCCGCCGUCGCCGAUUUCUCGCCGUCCGCCUGGGGCGGCAAUGUCUCGACGAUCUCCGGGCCCGAGAGCCCGCAGAGCAGUAACAGCAGCUGGGCUAAUGCCGGCUGCUACAUGUCACCGCCCUACAGUUGCGACGACUCCCUGCUUCCGCCGCAGGAGUACUGGGAUUCGCCUUCCCCGAGUGCCUCCGCUGAUUUCGAUCGCUCGGUGGCCCCGUCGGACGUGGUGCAAAACUACCCCGAACCGGAGCCUAUUGUUGGCUCUGGAUACGCGCCCCAGCCGGUCGUCAACGGCUUUUCCCUGUCGCUGAAUACCCCGGACGCGUUCAGCAAUGCCUCUCCUUCGCCGUCCAUGUCGCCCACCUUUCAGGAACCCGUUCCUUCGCAAGCUCUGCCCGUGCCAUCUCCCACUCCCGCUCCCAAUCCUCCCAAGACCAAAUCCUCCCACCGCGUGACCAAGCGCCAACCUGCGAAAAAGCCAUCGCAGAAGGCCGGGCCUACAUCGGCUCCUCUCUGCACCUCGAAAGCCAAGCCCAACGGCAAAAAGGCCCCCGAGGCUUCCAAUCGACUGUUCGUAUGCAGCUUUUCACACUACGGGUGCCCGAGCACCUUCGUCUCGAAAAAUGAGUGGAAGCGACAUGUGGCGUCGCAACACGUUCAGCUCGGGUUCUUCCGAUGUGACGUGGGACGUUGCAACCUGAACAACCUCAGCCGAGACAACAACCAGGUUUCCGAAGACGGCGCUUCCUGUGAUGAGGUCCGCCUGGUCAAUGACUUUAACCGAAAGGACCUCUUCACCCAGCAUCAACGUCGCAUGCACGCGCCCUGGGUGAAGCGCAAUCGCAAACAGCCGGUGACCGAGGACGAGCGGCACAACUUCGAGUUGACUCUCGACGAGGUCCGCGCUCGUUGCUGGCACGAGCAGCGCACCGCCCCGCUGCGCAGCCAGUGUGGAUUCUGCGGCCAGGAGUUCUCGGGGCCUCGCAGCUGGAACGAGCGUAUGGAGCACGUCGGUCGGCACUACGAGAAGAGCGAUGUUCCCCUUGACGCCGAGGCCGAAGACCAUGCCCUGCGCGAAUGGGCCGUCGAAUCCGGCGUUGUCCGUUUGGCGGACGGCCAAUGGAAACUGACUUCCAUUGUGGACAAAUAG